CUAAGGCUGACCUGGGCCCAUAAUACCUGACUAGGGACCUUUAACAGGGGGGUAGGAGAGUAUGGUACCGAGCGGUGUACUUCGUAAGCGAGGUCCAACGUGUCUCGGGGGGUCGGGGGCCGCUUGAUGUUUACCCCCUGGUCACCCUUCUGCGAACCCUUGUGUGCCUAAUUUGUCACGUAAUUCAGAGCUUUCACAAUACGUACAUAUUAUUUGCGAAGACUGCCUAUCUUAUGUAUAAAGUAAGAUUGAGGGGUCCGCUAUUGUCGUUUUCUCCCUAACAGGAUACCCAGGUACCGUACUUCAUCAUCCAGGGGCGAAGUGUAGAGAGUAUCGUUGCUAUCGAAAUUCACUACGCAGAUAGCUCAUUAAAUCUAUUAGGCAGCAAUUAUGUGCAUUUGGUUAAGAAAAGACCUAAGAUAAUUUAACAAGACCGCAUAGUGAAGAUUAAUCGAACGCAUGUUAGAUUCUAAGGAGCUAGCUGCGCAGUCGCUGAGUUCAUGAUGGCAUCGGUUGACAAUAUAGUUCGACCUGUAGGCUCACAAGCCAAAUUCAAUACCGCUCGGCACAGCCUAGGUAUUCUACGCGCCGUGAUUGUGACAUGUCGUUACAGAAUACCAGCUACCCAUCUACGCCAGCAAUCAGCCUCCUUACAAGAUGCGGUUGAGAGUGCAUUGGCGAACGUGGUGCUCAGGCAAGCGAUUCUAGGCGUCGGUAUCGCGGCUGAGGACACGAAGGAGCCUGUUUUUAUACACCUUAAAACCAUAGACAUGCGACGCAUGAUUGAGUGGAAGGAGAUUAUCACACCAGGUGCCACAUCCGAUAUUCACACAGAAACGAAGAAAAAGGAAGCACUCUACGAGGACCGCUUGCUUCGCGCCCUUGAGAAAUACCACGAGCCAGUCUGGGAAGACCUUGCGGGUAAGCCAGGCUGGAAGAUCGUGGUGCACCACGAUCCGCGUCAAUUGGGUGUGAAAGAUGAUAAAGACGACGCGCUCUUGUCCUUCGACAUAUCCUUCUGCUUCCAUCAUGCGUACUCAGAUGGGAGGGGCGGUUAUAUCUUCCAUAGUGACUUACAACGAGCGCUCAAUGAGGGCGCUCGUCCCACAGAGCUUCAGAACCAUAUCCUCCACCUACUCACGCCUCCCGCGAUUCCACCUGCCAUGAGUGAUCUCAUACCCCUGUCGCUAUCAUGGGCUUACAUUCUGCGUACGGUUUGGACAGAGAUCGUGGGCGCGAUCCCUAUGCCUUUCUUCAUUCGACGUCUACUAGGUUUCGAGCCGAAUAAGGCCGAGAUUCCAUGGACGGGCGCUCCGAUCGAUGCGCUGAACCCAAAGACGCACGUCCGCACAUUGUUCAAGAUAGAAGACGAAGCGCAGCUGACGCGAAUCCUGGCGCAAUGUCGUAGCCAUAAGACUACCUUGACGGGAUUACUACACGCCUUGAUCGCACGCUCACUUGCAUGCCACGUGAAGGACAGAUCAUUCCGCUCCUCGACGCCCAUUUCACUCGCAGGGUAUGCAGACCCAAAAGUUGUCGGCUCGACAUUCACGCCGGGUGAGACGAUACACUGCCUCGUCACGGGGUUUCAAUGCAAUCAUGAUCUCGAUACUGUUCGACAGUUGCGCCAAAGCGGGGACAAGAACGGUACGCGAGUAGGCGAAGAUCAGACAGUCUGGGCUUUCGCGCAGGACAUGACGGCCCGUCUGCGUGCCAAGGCCGCCUCGCUACCGCGCGACGACAUCAUAGGCCUGUCUGGUUUGAUCGGAGAUUGGCACGAGUUCUUUCGUAAAAAGUUCGGUAAGGCGAGAGCUGACACGUGGGAGCUCUCGAACUUGGGGAGUCUUGCUGUGGUGGAUACGGGGUUCUCUGGGUCCGAAGACGCGGGGAACGACCAAAGUGCAGGAAAAGCAGAGCGGUGGUUCAUUGAUCGUGCAGUAUUCACGCAAGGGAAUUCCACCGGCCCCGCCGUAAAUAUUAAUGUUGCCGGCGUUGCUGCACAUGGUAUUCAUGCCACUGUUUGUUGGCAGGAUGGUGUUGUGGAUGUCGAGCUUGUGGAGAAGUUGGUGAGAGAUGUGCAGACUUGGGUUGCUGGUCUCGUCGGGUGACACAUCAUUUAUAAACUACCUACCUAUCUAUCGAUGCCAUGUCGAAAUCCCUAGGCAGAGGGCAAAGAAAUUAAUACUUAGUCAAUCUCCUAAAAAUUGCCAUUCUUACUUACGAUACAUAGUAAUAGUGGUAGGGUAAGGGCAGGCAACAGAGAUCGAACAAAUGACUAAAGCAUGAGGUUAUCUAGAAGGGGUCCCAUGCUUGGCUGCAGACUAGUGGCAUGCAUGGUAUUGGUAUACUUAUACUUAUACAGUUAUGCUUAGUCACAUAACCCACUCCAGAAUCGAUACAUGGACUAUAUAGAAGUGUGAAAAAAAGAAAAAAUUGAUUGAGCAAAUCUGGUGUUGGACCAGGUGAGGAUCGAACUCACGACCUUUGCAUUUCCUAUCACACGAGCUACACAAGGUGAAGCAAGUAUAAGAGCAAUACGCUAACCACUGCGACACAGGUCCGCAACGUCAUUU